AUGACCACGACACCCAAGAAGCUUGUACACUGGGAGGUGGACUCACCUUCGUUCUCAAACCUCAAUUCGCCUUUCUUCAACGUCAUCCACGAAUCCUCCAUUGUAUCGACAUCCACCCUCGAGUUCCUCAAUGCUCAACUGGUAGCCCACGGCUUUGUUCCAUCACCCGGUAUAUCAUUGGAUGGAGUCACUAAUGAAGAAUCUGCUCGAGUCGUCAAAUGCCUGUUGGCAUUGCUCAGUCAACGUGUGGAAGAUAUGUCUCGAACAGAGGACUUGGCGACCAAAGUUCGGACGGUAUCUUAUGAUUUGGAGCGAAUGCGUUCAAUGCAGCGUGCAGGAGCGGAGAAAGCAGCAAAUGCGGAACGGGAAAUGAACUUGCAUAAAUCAAAGAUGACUACUGCUCUCAAAAGCCUUCAAUCGUCGGAGAAUGCACAUAGGCAAACGACUGCCGAACUGCAGCGCACGCGCACACUCAUGCAAGGCCUCAGGGCAACUCAUCAGGCAGAGCUAAAGAAAAAAGAAAAGGAUGUUGAAAAAAUCACGGAGAAAUGGCAGAAGGUUUCCGACACUCAGGCAAAGCUUGCAACUAUGCAAAGCGGUAUCCGUUGCGCCAACGCUGCUGUUGUAGAAGGGACAGAAGUGUUGGGUAGAGGUCCAGGUUUCCUUGAUAUCGCUUUGGAACAGGCAGAGCAGGCGCGGUCUCAUCUGAGUGACGAGAACCUGUUUCUGCGUAAAUUGAUGCUGAGGACUGUCAACGACGUGCAAUCUAUAUUACACCAAGCACAGUCCUCGUUAUCAGGCGACCAAAUUCUGGAAGAGCCUUCUCAAAUCACCAUGACGGCCCUGUUCCCUGUCGCACCACCCACCGCCGCGAGCGAUAAAGUGGACUCAAUGACAACUGCCCUACGAGAAGCCCUGACGACACUUUCUGAACCAAAAUCACCUGCUUCAGCUCCAACAACCAUUGAAAAACCUCCAUCCGUACCUGACGGUGAAAUAGGACGCCUACAAGAAGUCAUCGCGAAACUCAAGGACGAGUUAGCUCGCUCGCAGAAACAAUCGAUGGCCCACAUGGUCGAAACCCAGGCUAUGUUCGACAAGUUUGCAGAAGAUCACCGAAUCGCUACCGGAGAAAUUGGAGAAAUGAGCGUAGAGCUGCUGUCAGCUCCUCUGAGAGAUCAAGAGAGGGACAGAUUAGACAUUCUGAGGCGAGAGCUUGACGCUGAACGGCAGAAAUUCACAGAGGCAGCUGUGAGAUUUGGCAAAGAAAAAGCAUCCUUUGAGGCCGAGAGACUAAGAUUCUUGGAUGAGAGGCGUUCCUGGGAGGUCGAGAAGAUGUUGUCCGACCUUCCACCAACACCAAUGCCUAUCUCUCCACGUAAACCUUCCACGAAUGCAUUCAGAAUAUCGCCAAAAAAAUCGCCCCGCAAGUCGCCUCAUCAAUCUCCUCGGAAGUCUCCCGCAAAGCGCGUCAACGUCGGCAAGGCUGGGAGCGGCCGGAGGGCCCACCGUGUCUCGCGACGGUCGUCUGCUGGCUCGCCUCUCAAGGUAGUGCUUUCAUACGAGACCGAGCUGAUACCUCCUCCUUUGCCCGCGCCCGCAUUCCCUCUCAUGAAGUCCUUGGGACUUGGUCCAAGUUCUCUCCUUCCAACAUCUUUUGUUCUUCCGCCACCGUCUCCGCGAGCGUCCUUACCCACUAAGCCCGCCCUGCCACUUCCCAUGCCCGGUUCGCCUCCCAAAACCACAUCAACUGAUACGCCAGAAACCUCUCCUCCUUCGAUACCCGCUCAACCAACCAUCACCCCUUCUACACCUCCUGCCGCCCGUCGGUCCUUCCCAGUCGCCAAACCUUUUGCUGCACGCAUGAUUCACGCAUAUUCCCCCGCCAAACCUAGUCCGCUAAGCAGAAUCCUGAUGCUCGCUGACUCACCUGUGACACCGCCAAAUGGAUUCCUUUCCAACACUUCUUUGUCUCCUUCAUCCGGACCUCUCGAAGCCGUCGCCGAGGAGCCAGAAGAUGGCGGUCUCGGGCCUAUUCCCCCACAGCUACAGCGUCAGAUGUCACUUGCUGAAGAACUUGGGGUGCCAGAAUCUCCACCCGACACACCGUUGCAAGAGAAGAAGGUCGAGGCCAACGUUGCAGCACCUCUACCUCGCGGACGUGUAUUCUUCCCAGAGGCGCAGGUAAAGAAGCCCCUAACAACAGUAGAGAAAGGCAAGGCGAAAGCGGAACCUACCGCACGUGCACGGACGUCUGCGGUGGGCGAGAAGGAGAACAACCAGAGUCUGAAGCCAGCGAAGGCGCCUUCUGGGCGGUCUGGCAAGGUGUCUCCAGUGCCACCGCUCUCAAAUGCGACAGGUGCAGCAAAGAAGGUGUCGCCGGCUGGUGCGAACAAACCAGCUCCGAAGUCAGUCCUGAAGGCACCGCCAGCAUCGUCGACUGCUGGAGGUUCUCGAGCAAAGGUGCCUCCAAAACCGUCCAUGAAUGGAGGUGGCCCCCGAAGAGUGUUGAUCAACAGUGCGGAUGCCCCUCCCAUCGGUAAGGGAUGGAAGGGGUGA